UAAUGUAAACCAGAUGCUUGUAUGGUUGUGUUGAAGAGAAAUUACCAAAAACAGCAGUUUACAAGAUUUGAGAUGAUGCAGAAUAUGCAAAUCAACAGCCCUUUCCUGUUCUGUGUGGUUUAGGAAUGUGAUGCCACAGUAAAAAGAAAAAAUUGAGCUAUAAGUGGAAGCUCAGCUGGUAUAUUAGAAAUCACUCAAGGUAGCAGUGGACGUGGGCUAAACUAAUGAGGAAAUAAAAGACAGCUUGAAGUAUACCUGAAACAAUUCCAGAUCAAAUUGAAAACACCUGAAGUGGAUGCCCCUUCCUGGCUUGAAGAUUAAUCUCUGAACCAAGCAGAGAGAUCGACUGCAACUUUGAAUGAACAAAAGGUUGUUAAUCAAGUACUAUCUUGAUAGUAAUUUGACAAGAUGGAGAAGGCAUCUUUCAGUUUGCUCUCUGUGAAAAUCAUACAAAUAACCAAUUUACAAAAAGCCAAUUUAUUUAGCCAGUCUGAUUGCUAUGUGAGCUUGUUCCUGCCAUCAGCUUCAUUUGAAACGGCUCGGACAAAGAAUAUUAAGGACUGUAAAGAUCCAGUAUGGAAUGAAACCUUCUGCUACAGGAUACAGAAUCAAGUCAAAAAUAUUUUGGAGCUGAUCGUUCAUGAUGAAAACCACUGUCUUUUGGAUGGUGACCCCUUCACUGUUCUCUUCGACAUUGCUAAACUUCAGCUUGGAGAAACAAUUUGCCUCACAUUUCCAUUGGAUCCAAAAAUUCAAGAAAAUCUGGAAGUAGAAUUUAGUCUGGAAAAUAUCUCAGCUCCUCCUGAGAAUAUUGUUACUAAUGGUGUACUAGUGUCCCGUGAAAUUUCCUGCUUGGAGAUAGAAGUGAAUAAUAUGAAACGUGUUUCAAAAGAUGAAAUUGCUUUAUUUACUAUGCAAGGAUGCUAUGAAGAAUCUCAGAAACUUCCAUUGACUUCUUCUGUUCCUCUUGAAUUUCAAUGCGUCAAGUGUAAAGAAUCUGCCCUAAAAGUUGAAUUACUAAAGAAUUUGUGUGGCAUAAAUUCUUGUUUUACAGAUAGAAACACAGAUAAAACUGUUUGUCUUACUUUACCUCUGGAUUCAAUCUCUAUGGAAAAAGAAGUCAUUAUAACCCAGGACAAAUCAAUUGACUUAUGUGUAAAGGUAAAAGAGUGGCAAAAAGAGCUUGAUGUACGUUUAGACUAUGAACUGUGUCCAGAUGAACAAAUAUUUAUACAGAAAAGGAAGAAAAUUGUAGCAGCUGCCCUGAAAAGGGUUCUUUGCAUGGACAACGAUUUGCAAGAUCAAGAGAUACCUGUGGUAGCUAUCAUGGCCACAGGAGGUGGAGCUCGGGCAUUUACAGCUUUACAUGGCCAUUUACUUGGUCUUCAGAAACUGAAUCUCUUAGACUGCCUCAUGUACAUUUCUGGAUCUUCUGGUUCUACUUGGACACUUUCAAAUCUGUAUGAAGAUCCUGAUUGGUCACAGAAGGAUCUUUUAGGACCGAUUGCAGAAGCUCGCAAAAACAUGUCCAAAUGCAAGCUGGAUUGCUUUACAUUAGACCACUUAAAAGAAUACAAUGAUAUUCUGAAGCAGCGGAAAAAAGAUGGCUACAAAACCUGCAUUACUGACCUCUGGGGACUUUUCAUUGACCAAGCAUUAGGAAAUGGGAGAUGUAGCAGCACACUUUCAGAGCAGAAGCAUGCCCUGAAUCAUGGUCAGAGUCCUCUGCCCAUGUAUUUGGUCCUGAACACCAGGGACAAAUAUAGCCUUCAAGAAUUUAAAGAGUGGAUGGAAUUUACUCCUUUUGAGGUUGGAUUAUUAAAAUAUGGUGCUUACAUUCGUGCUGAAGACUAUGGAAGCAAAUUCUUUAUGGGUCGGAUGAUGAAGAAGAUCCCAGAAUCUCAAAUCUGCUUCAUGAAAGGUUUGUGGAGUAAUGUGUUUUCCUAUAACCUCUUGGAUGCAUGGCGUGAAAUUGACAGUUCAGAAGAUAGUUUUUUGUAUAGCUAUACCCAGGAAAAAAUAAAGCAAAUAGGAGAAAAACCACCUCUGCCACCAGUAGCAGAAGCAGUGAAUACUUACCUGGUCAUGCCUACACAUAAGACUAUGAAGUUACUUCGCGAAGUCAUAACAGAGCGUGUAUCAACAUCAGAGGUCUACAGUUUCUUAAAUGGAUUCCAAUUAAACAAUGGAUAUCUAGAGAAUAAAAAUUUUUAUAUAUGGAAAGAUACUGUACUGGACACUUUUCCUAACCAGUUGAUGACUCCAUUGGAAUAUCUGAACCUUGUAGAUACAGCUGCCUUUAUAGACACCAGCUAUGCACCACUGAUGAGACCAGAGAGAAAAGCGGAUGUCAUUAUACAUUUGAAUUAUUCUUCAGGCUCACAAACAGCACCUUUAAACGAAGCCUCCAGAUACUUUACAAAGCAAGGGAUUCCAUUCCCCAAAAUAGAUCUGAGUAGAGAAAAGAAUCUGAAGGAGUGUUAUGUUUUUGAAGAUACUACAGAUUCCAAAGCACCUAUUGUGGUUUUUUUCCCACUAAUAAAUGAUACCUUCAAGAAAUACAAAGCACCAGGUAUGAAACGUGCUCCCACUGAACUGAAGCAAGGUGAAGUUGAUGUAACUAGUCCUCUUUCUCCAUAUGGAAUACUAAACUUUCAAUACUCCGAGGAAAAUUUUGAUAAGUUAAUAGAGCUAACUAGUUACAACAUUCAGAAUAACAAAAACUCAAUCCUUCAAGCUUUACAAAGAGCAAUAGAGAGAAAAAAGCCUCAGACGAAAUAGACAUCGUUUCAAAUAUGAGUGGAAGACUGCUGAACCAGCUGUUGCAAUUUCCUUGGUCUAAUUUAUCAUUAAUGGCUAUGUCAGUUUACUAUACUUUAAGAUCAUAAUAUAUUUUGGUUAUGGCAUUAUAUUAGUAGAUCUUGGGAGCAUUUAAUCUGUAUAGUAGCAUCUGAAUUUUAGAAAGUUUUCCCAGGAAUAUUCAUUGAACAGUCAUUUCUUUAAGACAUCAAACAAAAUGUGCCUUGAGUGAUAUGAAUCACAAUUGUAAUGUUUGUUUCCUUCAUGUGUAUGUUAGACCCUUAUUAUUCUUGAUACUAUUAUUUGGAUUGUUAUUGCUGUGACUAUAGGUUAUUAUAUCUCUAAUUUAUUAUGUAAUAAAUAUAAUAAGCAUAUUAUGUAUUUCUAGUAGCCAAUAUUCUUUGACCAGUUUACAAAUAUUUUUUUAAAAAUCUAUGAAAGAUAAAAACAAUAUGAUAGCAUUACUCUUUUCCCUUUGUUCUCAAUAAAUAAACUAAGCAGAAAAAAAGUUGCAACUGGAAGCUAUAAUUUAAGAGGGAACUGGGCCCUUGGGCCUCCAAAGAGGUUGGUAUUAUCUAAGCAACAUGAGCAGAAGAGGUUGGGGGAUUAAUAUACCCCAAUAUUAUAUCAGUGUAAAAUAAGCUUUAAAACUUGCAUGGCAAGAGGAGCAAGAACUGCCAGUUCUUGACAGAGAAGAAGAAAAGCAACUUCAUUUAAUCUGAAAUAUUGGGAUGGAUAAUUAAGGUAUUGUGAAAGAAGAAAAGAUUCGGGGUAGGAAAACAUUAUUCUGGAAAUGUCAAAUGAAUUUAAAUUGUGAGAAUUAGAUAAAAGAUACAAGGGAAAAAUCCCAUAGUGGGGUGGGACUGAUUUGGGGCUUAUUGGGUGUUUUGGUCUGUUCUGAAAAAUAGUUUUUGUUAACAUUGUCCUUUAAUGAUAUUACAUUACCUCCAAACUCGGUUUGAUCAAGUGUGCUAAAUCAUAAACACAUUUCCAAGGAAAACA